AUGCGAACGGUGCUACGUCGAGCUGGUUGUCGCAACGAAAAGAUCUGCUUCAUCAUGGAUGAAUCGAAUAUGCUAGAUACUGGAUUCUUGGAGCGUCUAAACACUCUGUUAGCAAAUGGCGAGGUCCCAGGAUUAUUUGAGGGCGAUGAAUAUACGACCCUGAUGAGUCAAAUCAAGGAAGGAGCGCAUCGUCAAGGCCUUAUGCUUGAUUCACCCGAUGAGCUCUACAAGUGGUUCACUGCUCAGGUUGGUAUGGAACUGACGAAUUCGCUUGAUAUGGAUCGUGCUGACUAU